AUGACAACGCCUUUAAGACUGCCCUCAAAUCUUCCUUUCCCGGUUAGUAUUGCCAAGUUGUGUGUUUCUACAGGCGAUGCGGUUAAGAAGGGCCAAAGACUGUUUGUAUACAAGUAUUGGGAACUACAAGAUGUUAUAACAGCUCCAAACGAAGAGAGCAGUAAAAAAAAGCGAAGAGUGGACCUGGUGGGCACUUUUGACUCGCCAAUAGAGGGCACAGUGGUGGCACUGAACCUAAGUUUGGGAGAUGAAUUUGUCAAUGAUUCAGCCGUGGUAGCAGAAGUGAGCCAACCUUGCGCUCACGAAGUCACGUACGGAUCGCUAUGUGUGGUUUGUGGCAAAGCAGUUGACGAAGACGAAGACCAGACUAUGAACGGCACGGGAUUCUCAAAUAGUAAGCUGACCAUGGCUCACAACAACAGCAACAUCAAAGUUUCGGAGCGCCAGGCCGCGUCGAUUGAAAAAAGCACGCAAAGGCAGCUCCGAGAGCUCAAAAAAUUGGUAUUAGUGGUCGACCUCGAUCAAACCGUGAUCCACUGUGGCGUGGACCCUACCAUCAAAGAAUGGGCCAACGACCCUUCCAAUCCUAAUUACGACGCUUUAAAAAAUGUCAAGUCCUUUUCGCUCGACGAGGAUCCUAUACUGCCGCCCUUCUACAUGGGUCCUCGUCCACCACCUCGUAAGUGUCAGUACUACGUGAAACUGAGGCCAGGAUUGCAAGAGUUUUUCGAAAAAGUGGCUCCUCAUUUCGAACUACAUAUUUAUACAAUGGCUACCAGAGCGUACGCACUGGAAAUUGCAAAGAUAAUUGAUCCAGCGGGCGAAUUAUUUGGGGAUCGGAUUCUGUCACGAGACGAGAACGGGUCCUUAACUCACAAGUCUCUUGAAAGACUGUUUCCAAUGGAUCAAUCGAUGGUGGUUAUCAUCGAUGAUAGAGGAGAUGUAUGGAGUUGGUCCCCAAACCUGAUCAAAGUGGUACCAUAUGACUUUUUCGUGGGUGUCGGAGACAUCAACUCAAACUUUCUGCCGAGACAACAAAACUCCAUGUUGCAUAUGGGUAGAAGACACCGCAAGAAGGCGGAAGAAGAAGAACUUCUGACAGACAUCAUGGACACCGAAAAGAAGCUGCAGGAGAAGAUUGAUCAAGAGGUCAAGAAGCAGGAAGAGAAAUUCAAUAAAGUAAAUGAGGAGAAUCAAACGGACAGGCCCAUUUCCAAAGAAGACUUGACCAAAAAACUAGAACACAAUGCCUCUUUGGAAGUCCAACAACAGAAUAGGCCGCUGGCGGAACUACAAAAGCACAUGCACAAUCAAAAGCUUCUAAUCGAUGACGACGAUGAACUCCCGCACCUCUCAGAGAUACUGUUAAGAGUUCACAGCAAAUACUAUGAGACACUAGCCACAGGAGAAAGUUUACCCGAUAUCAAAAGCUUGAUGCCAGCUAUGAAGGCCAAAGUUUUGCAGGGAUUCCAUUUCGUAUUUUCGGGGCUCAUUCCGUUGGGAACUGAUGUGCGACAAGCUGACAUUGCGCUUUGGACCAGCAUGUUUGGGGCAGUCACUUCGAGCGACGUGGAUGAGCAAACCACGCAUAUAAUUACCAAGACGCCUGGAACAUUCAAAGCCCGCCUCGCGAAGGCAUAUAAUCCAGGAAUCAGAGUGGUCCAUCCGGACUGGAUAUUCGAGUGCCUAAUAAAGUGGGAACGGGUUGGCGAGCAAGCUUACGAGCUGAUAACUGAGCAGGAGGUGACCCCCGAAGAAUUGAAGGAAUUCAAAGACAAAUUGGAAAAGAGAAGGUCUGCAGAACGGGCAAUGCGCGAAAACAUGAAGCAAGCGUCUAAAGACGACGUUGCUUUGUUGACUGGUGACGGACUGUGGCUGGACAAUGAUGACGACGAGAUGGACGAGUUUUUGAACGAUGAAGACGAAGACGAAGACGAAGAUGAAGAUGAAGGCGAUGGCAAUGGAUAUGGCGAUGGCGAUGACGAUGGCGAUGGCGACGCACACGAAUUGGAAGACCAACGAGACACUUUCGAAGAAGAUCAAAAACCAUCAGCGCUUGACUCACCGUUAUAUUCUCGGGAAGCAUCUGCGAGCAAAAGACCCGAGGAUCUAAAAAGGACGCUCUCGUCCGAAGGCAAUGGACCCGAGAAGCGUCAUCAUCGGGAAACACCAGCAGAAGAAGAGAACACAUCUCCCCAAGACAAAGAUGAUAAUGACGACGAUGAUCUCGAGGCCGAACUUCUGCUGGAGCUGGAAGGUUAA